GAGAGUCUGUUUGAACCAUUCAAAGGCAUUAUUUAAUUUAUCUCAGGGUUAACAGGUCCAUUAGCUGGCCCCCCUGACAGUUAUUUUUCAGGUUUUGAAAUCCAGCCCCAGGUGUGCAUUAGAGCAUGGAUUAGAGAGAAACCUGCACCUGUGGUUGUGAGUCUCCAGAUGACGACAUAACAAUACAACUCAUUUUAGGAGGACUGUAUAAAGGAGACCAAGAACAACACAUUUCAUCUUGAACAAAGACAGCAGUUUUAGCAUGGAGGGGAAAGGAAUGGUGCUGGUCCAGUUGCUAAUGUUAGCUUGUGUGUUGGAGGUUAGUCUUUGCCAGCACUGGUCAUACGGUUGGCUUCCUGGUGGAAAGAGAAGUGUUGGUGAAGUGGAGGCAACAUUCAGGAUGAUGGAUUCUGGUGAUGCAGUACUGUCUAUUCCCGUGGACAGUCCAAUGGAGCGGCUUUCAACGAUACACAUAGUGAGUGAGGUGGACGCUGAAGGUUUGCCUCUGAAAGAACAGAGAUUUCCCAACAGACGAGGAAGAGAUUAAAAGCAUAAAACAUGAUGAUAAACCCUUGGAGCCUAUGAGAAUACAAUUCAGUUUUAUUCCCUGGGAACAACAUGUUUUAUUGAGUCCUGCUGAAAUAUCCUAUUAAUUUGGUUUUAAGAAAUAAACUGUAUUGGAGGUAUAUAUAAUGUAAAUAAGUAGUAUGCCUAGUUUGUUCAAAAUAGAUAUUAAAUGUGAGCGAAGCUGGAGCAAAUGUUGCAGUAACUGACCAAAUAACCAAAGUACUUUUUCCCAAAAUGGACAAAAAACAAGUACAAAUCCUAACUUUUUUUUCGCGUGGUGGUGCUAUCUGGAUAUGUCAACAGUGAUUUCAGAAUUAUUAUUAUUUAUAAUGUAUGCCCUCAUUAGAAUUCAACAUAUGUUAUAUUUAAGACUGAAGCCGAUUACAUUUGUUGUGGCCAAUAAAUAUAUCAUGAGUGUUUACAAAAGUUAGCCUAGCCAACCUGUUAUCUCAUUGCAUUUGUUAGUAUGAUAUUUCGGCAUUUUCAAAGCACUGAGUAAUUUGAUUAAAACUGUGUUGACUAUGAAAACUGAA